AAAGUCAAAUGUUUUUUGGUCCUGUUGACUUUCCAUAUUCACCAACCAGCAGCAGUUAGCUGGUGCGCAUUCUGCCCUCGUUCCUCAGCUGGACCGAUAUAACCGUUUUAUUCCUCAUGUCAGCCAGGGCUGCUGGUGAGCAUGUCUUCGCUCAUUUUAACCCGAAUUUCUCAACCGCACUAGCAGACUGACAUAACUCCUAGAGAGUUAGCUGUGUGUUUGGCUAGCAGCGAACCGAGCUGCUAACGGCUGAAGCGAUGUUUGUGAGAUGCAGCUGAAGUGCUGUUCGGCCUGGCAAAGAUGACGUUCCGACCGAGCCUCGGUGAUGCUCCUCUGGCUGCGGGAGGUGGAAGAUGGACACCGAGGACGGGUGGACAACUGAACUGACUGCUGACGAACUUCGAAAUCCGAAAGUGCUUUGCAGACACGAUGGGAGAAUCGGUUCUUGUCCUGAUCUAGCCAUGAGUAGGAGUGAGCACACUAACGCCAGGCAUGUUCCUGUGGCCCUCACUCCCCAGCUCCCUCUCAGAGCCCAUCGGCCCCUGUGCGCGUCGGUUUCCUCCGACAGCAGCGGCCGCUUCAAGGCUUUGGAGACUCAGGAGUGGAAGAACAACCUCAAAGCUCAGAUGGAGCUGGCCCACAGUGCAGGAGCGGCCAGCAGCACAGGUUCCCUGGAGCGAGCCUCCAUGUUCUGCGCGUUGGCAUCGGCCUCUCUGUCCAGUCCCGGCCUGCCCAGCCCCCCCGUGGAGACCCUCAGCAAGAGCAAAUCCUCCAGCCGCUUCUCUCUCUUCUCCCCUCCGUGGAACAGCAGCUCUGAGUCUGACUCCAACCCGCCAUCUCGCUCGGGCUCCAAGAAGCUGCGCAACUACAGCCGGAGAGCAGCCACGGGGCCGGCAGGGGCCCGUGCCCCCGAUGUGCUCGAGCCCAAACGGAGCGGCCCUGAACACUUCCAGUACUCUGAGCCGGUCAUUUCCAAAGUGACGGACUACAUCUACGUGGGUAACCUGAACGCGGCGUACAAUGGCCGCACGCUGUGUCGCAACAACAUUGACAGCAUCAUCGACAUGAGCAGCGCGCCUGGAGAGCCGGCCCCCUCCCUCAGCCUCAUCCCCUGCACCUGCUCCCGCGGGUCCCGGCACAGCUGGUCACGCCUCAAGGUGGACCUGGGGCACAUGCCGGACACGCUGGACGAGUGGCCAGCUCUAAAGCACUGCUGCUUUGAGGACAUCAACGAGUGCAUAAACGCAUCCACGGAGAAGAGGAAGCGCGUGCUGGUCCACUGCCGGGACGGGUUCUCUCUAGCGCCCAUGUGCAUCAUCCAGUACCUGAUGGUGAAGCAGAACAUGAGGCUAAUUGCUGCUUAUGAGCUGCUGAGAGCCAAGUACCCAGUCAACAUCAAGGAGUGUCACCAGAACGUUCUAGUGAGUCUGGAGCGAGCCCUGUGGCCCGGUGGGGAGGUGGACCCUGAGUGCUUCAAACAGGCUCUGUCCCGCAAGCUGGCCUGGACAUGAUGGCCUCCUUCACUCCCCACUGUCUGCCUGGCUGCUCCUUCUGUUGCUUUUUUUCUUGGGUUGGUACAUUUUCCACUGAAACCACCACGGGCAGCUCUACUUUCCUUCUAGAUAUUACUGCACUUCCUUUUAAUUUAUUUGGUGAAGAGAAAUCAUUUCCAUGUGUUUCUUUAUCAAAUAUUUAAAUGGAUCUGGUAAUAACAACUUUGUAUGCAAAUGCUGAACAUUUUGCUCUACACCUAAUGUUUCGCCAAUUCGUUCGCAUCUGGCUUGCAUUCAAAGUCUAUGUAGAGGCGCACCAGACCCAUCAAAAUCGCUCUAGCCGUUGUUUUCCAUUGCCGGCUUAUUUUGUCUGACGCAUCAGAUGCGCUUCCUGCGUCAAAUGGUUCAAAUCGUGCUGUGCUACACUCUUGAAACGUCUCAUGACGGGUCAUCGAUGGUCGUCCACAUAGACUUUGAAUGUAAACCAGACAUGCCUGACCCUCAAAACACGUUUGGUGUGAACGCACCAUUACAGUCAAUAUAAAAUAAUUAAUAAAGAAACUGAAAGUGACAAAAACAAUAUGUUGACUACCUUGGUCAAACAUGUAAAAACAAUCCUUCUUUCAGAUGGGUCAGAAAGUGCAGUUAGGAAUUAUAAAUUCAGGGUUUCCACCAAGGGUACCUUUCCAACUUGCUAAAUCUGGUGGUAGGAGUGCUAGGGCACUACUGCGUUUUUUAGUUAAAAUUGUUUAAAGUUCACAGAAAAUUUUAAAAUAUCACAAGGUCACAUUGUGUUAUUGGAAUCCAUUAUUAAUACCUAAACAGCAACUACAAAAUCUUAAAAAGGCAAACAUGAAAAAACCCUACCGUAAAUAAACAAACAACAUGUAGCCUGUUGGCGGGUCAGUAAAGCCUGGUGGCCCGCCAGGCUGAUAAUACAUUGAGGAAACCCCUGUAUAUAUAACAUAAAAUAAGCAACAGAGCAAGACGUUUCUCAAGGUGUAAAGCAUAGAACUAUACUGAAUAGAUCUGCCUUCAUGGUUCGAGCACAUUGUGACUUCUAGAGUCUUUUUUUUAAACAUUGUAAUCGAUACAGACAUUGACAUCGGACCGGUGUAUCUCUAAUUAUGACUUUGUUCUCCACCCUUUCUGUUCAGGACUAGCAUCCACAGCUGCUUGGCUCCACAGUGUUUUAUCUGUAGUCGUACAGUGGAUUUAUGUUCCUGUUUCUGUUCUACAUCAUGCUAAUGUUCUGUUUUUCUACAUCAGGGUAAAAUCUUUCAGUGAGCUAACUCAGGAGACUGUUGAUGUCAAAGCAAUGUGGCAUUUAUGUUGUUCUGUAGCGACAUAGACGCCUCAGAAUAUUGGGAGUAUUCUGUGGUGAAAACCAAGGCCAUGUUCGGACACUGAUCUUGGCUGAAUUGUGCUGGUAAUCUGAAGUGGAGUCAUACGUUCACAGAGCAAAACUAAGGUUAUGCAGAUGCGGAAUUCAUUUCAGACAUUAAGAGGAGAUAUUUCAGAUGUAUUCAUCAUGCCAAUGGUUGACCCGUUAGUUAUUUACUGUCUGGUUCUGACAAUGUGGAUCAGUGGUUCCCAACCAUUUUUGCGUCAGUCUUGUUAAAACCUUUAGCUUGAAGUGGCUAGACUUGAUAACUUUAGUUAGAAACUUAAAGCUGGGAUCACUAUGAAUGAUGCUCAACAGAAAGAAAUAUGACAGUUCCAUAUUUUUUUUGGACUCUUCUUAUUUCCUACAUAAGUUACAUCUUUCAUGCUCUAAUCACAGGCAAAUGUAUCUUUUUUUUCAUUUGAAUUAUUCUCCCUAAUAAAAAUUGUAUUAAAGAUUUAGUUCUAUGAAAUAUAUAAUUUAAAAAAUCCCCCCUUUUUUUUUUUUAAAGCAUCACCAGCACAUCACCUAUGUGCUGGUGAUGGAGUCAGCUAAUAUUACAGAACAUUACAUGCUGCAUGUAAUCAUAAUGUUUCUAAUCCACUUUUUAACAUGUUGGUCUUUGUUUUCACACAUGAGGAUACAAAAUAUUUACCCCAUUUCAUCCCUUUUACUGAGUUGCUAAAAAGUGUCAAGAAAGUCUUGCCAUUGGUUCCUCUUUGUGCAUUAAUUUUGAUAAAUUAUUUUUUAUUAAAACCAAAACAAGAGGGCAUUUAGAGAAUAAAAAAGCCUUCUAGCUUCUUCUUUGUAGCUCUUCUAGCUUUCUAUUUUGUUGACUUCUUGUGAUUUUUGUGUUUGUGAAAAUCUAAUUGAAACUUUAAACCUUGCAUACAUGUGCGAUCGUACACAACUUCUUACCGGCCUCCAGGUUGGGAACCACUGACUGUAACAACACUUCCUACAAAGUUCACCUGUCUAGUUUUAACAGAAGAAGUAAAAUCAACAAAUGAUGAACAGCUUUUUGUAGCACAGCAUCAGCCUGUAAAGAUUUCAACUGGGAACGUUACUGAAGUAAAAUAGCUGUUUUCACAAUUUUAUCAGUAUGGGAGAAUAACGGUGUGUAAAGAUGACUGGUCAUUCCACAUUUACAGAUUUUGCACUUUGCAGGAGUAAUUUUAAAAUGUCAUAACAUCAACUAGUGCCAAAAACACCCAAAACAAAAACUAAAAAUGGCGUUUACAGCAUUCCUGAUAGCCAUGUAAUUGUGUUAGACUUUGAUUUGUCCAGGGACAGCUUGCGUUCAGACUGCCUAACUCAGGGGUGCCCAAAGUGGGUCUUCGAGGGCCGGCAUCCUGCAUGUUUUAGUUCUCUCCCUGUUUUAACUCACCUGGAUCAAAUAAUGGCCUAAGAAGAAUAUUGACAUGCUGAAAAGAUUGUUGGUACUACCAGGGAGAAAACUAAAACGUGCAGGAUGCCUGCCCUCGAGGACCGACUUUGGGCACCCCUGGCCUAACUGAUUCUGGUGUUCAAGGCCACUUUUCGAUAAUAAAUAAUGGAAUCACGGCAAUUUUGAAAAUACUCUCAAUUUUAGCUAAAAGGUUUUGGUGCUAGGAUUCUGUGUUUUUUUUUUUUUUUUUGGCUCUAUCAAAAUUGGUUUAUUUCACAAAACUGCAACGGAAGCAUGUUCUUUGCAUCACGAGUCAUGAGCAACAACCACUGGUGCAAACCACAAAGACAACGACAGGAAGUAGUUGGAGAAUGAAGGAAGAGCAUGGUUUUUAAUAACUUAUCAUGUGAAUAAACUUAUUCACAUGUGAUUCUAAUUGUGCUUCUUGUGUAAUGGAAACAACAUAAUUACAAAAUUGUGAUUUUCUGACAUUAACGAAGCAUUGAGAAAGUUUUGCACACAUUUGUAAAUGAAACACAGCUAGUUUGAAUCUCACAUUAGCUCACAAACUCAAAUCUCACUCCAAGUUACUUCAGGUUCAGUGUGUGAAGAGUUGGACAGAAUUUAUGACCCAGUCAGUCACAUUUCACCAACUGGUCGACCACCGUGAGGCCACAUGAGUGAUGAUCUUGUUUGGAAGUCAGCUGUUCUUUCUGAUAUUUAUGGGUUUGGAUCUCAUUGGACUUUGAGUUGCUUCCAAACCUAGCUUUAAAUAUUCCACAUGUUGCAUCUCAUUGGACAUGUUUUCUUUGCUGGGCCUGUCUUUGUCUCCUGAUGGAAGAUGUGUGGUCUGACCCGUUCUCUGUGUGUCACGGUACCAGUUCAUGUGCUGCCACUUCCGUUCUCCAUGUUCCACGGCGUUGUUUGGCUUUUGCUCUGUCUGCGCUGAUAGCUAUUAUCUAUUGUUUAAUUUUUACUUUUCAGCUGCAUUUAAAUCUAUACCAAUAUUCCCAACUGCCGUAUUAAUAUGCACUAACCAGGUUAAGGCAAUGAAUCAGCAAUCUAGACUUGCUACUGUUUGGUCACUUCCUUUAAUGGUAAAAAUAAGUUCUGCCCAUUUAAAUGCUCUAAUUUUUUAAAAAUGUUUUUCCUGUAUUUAUUUUUAUUGGGCUGUACCUUUCCACAAAUGUUUUUGAGUUUAUCUUUAACAGAGGGUGAGAUGAUGAUCAUAUAAACUUUGGUUUAUGGUUUUGACCUCUUACGAUUAAAAUAAGAUAGUUUUAGAACCUGUUCAACACAGUGCCACCUGUACUUGUACCUUACAACUUGAAAGCAGAUGCACUAGCUAAAUCACGGACAGAGUGGUUCUUAUUUCUGUCUGCAAUGUAGGUUUGAAAAUUGUUUUUUUUUAAAUCAUAUUUUGGCACCAGUAGAUCUACUAAACUUGACAGUCGAAACACAAAUCAAAAUCUGCAUUUCCACUGCUGUGAAAAUCUAGUCUAGUCUUUGUAAAAUGAAAUGUACUCUCCAAUAUAUGAAGUAAUUGUGUUUAAAAAGAGACCAAUCAACAGGAAUAUCAAACACAAAAUAACAGCAAAUCAACAAAAGAACACAAAGUUCCAUUUCAGACCAGAGCAUCUUCUUUCACAUGUUAGCGUCCCCUACAGGCCUUAUGCCAAACUGCAAACUGGACUCAACAUUUGCAGACAAUGUAUUGAACAAUGUUUUCAAAGUUUAAAAUUCAGGAUCAAUGCUUUGAACUAGGAGUGGACCAUAUGGACUUAGAAAAUUAUCGCAAUAUUUUGUGGGACUAUUGUGAUAACAAAAAUGAAUUAGAAAUAUAUUAAUUUCUUCUUUUUAUGGCUGUGAAUGCAUGGAACAGCCUUCAAAGCAGCACAAACAAGAUUCUUGGAAAACAUUCCCCUUUGAAAUGGGCUGCUUCUUAAUCACACUUAUUUACAUAAGUGUGAUUAAGAUUAAACUGCAUGUAGUAACUGCAUCAAAUCAAUUUUCUGAUAUUUAUUAGAAAGUAUCAGUUUGUGCCCUCCUGGAACAAACAGUGGAGAAAAUAAUAAAAAUAGCUUUUCUGAUAAUUUUUUUUUACAAUAAACAAUACAAUAAAAACCCAACCCUUCUUUAAACUUCAUAACUGCAUCUCUGCCCUCUACUGCAUUUCUUUGUCUUCACAAUAAUGUUUGUGCUCUAAAAUUCUCUUAACAUUGGAGAAUUUGGACAGUCCUGCACCUCCUGCAGCUUUUAUAUCAGCUUAACUUAUUUUAAGACACACUUUUUUAUUCACUCAGAUGCCAUUAUUCUCACAUUUCAGCUUUGGAGUUUUUUUAUGUACAGUUUUUAAUAUUUAUUAACCGCAUAAAAAGCUAUUUGUAGCAGCAAAAUGCUGCUGGGUCCCAUGAAAAUCAAUACUUGUCAUUAUUUGAUGUUUCAUAGCAAUAAGUGGCUACACAUCAUCUAUUUGGCAUCUUCUAGUUUAGAUCUUUUUUUAAAUCAAAAAUAGUGUACACCACAUGCACAAAAAUCGGGCUUCAGGUGCUUUGGACCCAGAUGAUGUCACCGUUCAUAUAUGAAACUAUCUCUGUUUAACAGAGAGCCUUGGCUGCAGCAGCUGUUCUUUGUUGAAAAAAAGUGCUUUUAUAAUCGCUCCAAAAAUAGUGGAAAGGCUGGUAGCUUAUAUGUUUUUCAUACUUUCAAUAUUUAUUGGUGUUCUGGCUCAAAACAUGGUUUUCUGUCAUUUUAAGGUAGGCAUGUAUAACACUGGGUUACAAAAAAGUAUUUUUUGAAAGUUGUUCAUGUUUUUUCAACAGGACUUUUUUGCACCACUGAAUCUAAAAUUCCAUCCAUUUUUCUCAAUCAGGUUUUUAUUCUAAUUUUAUUUAGAGAAAUCUGAUUUUCUGACUAGGCUGAUGACAUUUAAUAUUUUUGAUCCAAAGAAGAUUUUAGGAGAAAAAUUUGUUUUCUAACAGAGCGUAUUAAUUAAGUGUUACAAACUUGGAUUUCUGUAAAUUGUAUAAUAAACACUGAUAAGGGUAAGUACUUGUAAAUUGAACAUUACGUCUUCAUUGUGUAAAAUUCUCCGUCUCUUUCCUGUCCUGAUGGAAUCUCUCCUCCUGCUCAUCAUUCAUUGAUCAGAUUCUCAGGAAACCGAUCCAGAUGAGAGAACAAGUCAUGCAUUUGAUGCUCAUGUUGCUCCAUAGCUCAGAAAGUUGACCUGAUUGAGCAAAACCAAUGUGAUUUUUGGAUUCAGCCAGUGUAAUAGAUCCGCUGUAUCACCAGUGUGAAAUUUUAGCUGAUGUUACUUUUAAGACCCUUAUCUUUAAAAUAUACCAAUAAUUAAAGUAAUUAUUUGCUAAGGCCAUAAGUUAAAUGCAAUUUAGUAAUCGCCAAGGAAAACUUUAAUUUGUUCAGAAUAACAAAACAUCAAUGGAGCUGCAGCAGAGUUCACCCAAGCUUUUUCUUUUUUUUUUUAUAUGACUUAUUGUGUCCAGAUUGGACAGAAAACGAUGCAUCUUUUCAUAUUUAGAUAUCUGGAGCUGAUUUAUUUUAUUUUUUUUAUCAGUGUUUAAAUGUCAGACGUACACCAUAACAGGAAACCGGAUCAUAACGGCUACAUGAAGGUAUGAUAUUUUGUACAUUGAUUUUGCUUGAAUCCUAAUACUUUGUAUUUGCUAUAUUUGGUCCCAACCAGACGGCGUCUCUCUUUAAGCACAUCGUUCUGUGAAGGGUGCGGUUGUAGUGGAAGUAUGGUGCCUUCGUUCAGCGUCGUUUUGUAUCCCCUGUGGUGACAUUUUGCACAAUUUGUAUGAAUGUAACCUCUUGACAUCUUGUACAGAAACAAUAUCUAUUUUUGGAUGUUUUAUUUGGAUGGAAGGUGUGCAUGUGACAUUUGAGUGACGUGGUUUUUGCUGUUCUCUUUGGUGGUUGUGAAAGCCUGGUAAACGAGCAGAUGUUGAAGUGCUCCUGCAAAGCGCUCUAAAAAAACAAACAGUGUUUUGGUGUCUUCUUGUUGUAAAUGAUGCACAUCAGUCCAAUUCUCUCAGGUGAUUUCUUAUUGGUCCACAAUGUUUUUAAUGAAUUUGAUGUUUUAAAAUGUGAAGCAAUGCAUUUCUCAUCUUUCUUUAGUUGAUGUUAAUUUCUAUUGUUAAAACAUUAAAUUGCUGUUGUACACCUUGGUGGACUUUUUUGUUGUUGUUGAAGUCAGGCAAUUUAAAAGUCCAAUAUAAAAUUGAGCUUAGAGUUUUAACAUGUUAAAAGAUUUUGUUUUUUAUUCUUACUGUGAAAAUCCUGAGUGGGUAUGGAAAAAAUUUGGUCUCUCAAUUGUUUUCCAGUGGCCUGGUCGUUAACGUCUCCUCAGUGUCCUCCCAGCUGCUGAAGCCUUACUUUUCUUGACCUGUGCUCCCGGACAUCCCCAGCCAUUAACAUGAACCACCGUUCAUUUUCUUCCUGCAUGCGUUGCUGAUAAACCUCUGCGUAACCUUUGUAGUUGGACAAAUGAACCUUCAAGACAUGAGCAGUCAUUUUUUAGAACCAUGAAGGUUUUUUUUGAGGUGGGAGGAUGGGAGGGUCAGACAUAAAUUUCCAGUGGGAAGUUUACUAGAAAUUCAUUUCCAAAAAUGAUUAUUUAAUGAUUCCAAUAUGCUUGACAUCAUGAAGCCACAAAUUGAAUUACCAGCCAUUAUUUUUGCUCUAUUUUGAGAAAGGUGAGUAAUCUUUGUUUGCAUUUUGGUCAGAUCUUGAAAAGGCGCAGGCGGGGUCAGUGUGACCCCCGUUGGACCUCAUGGGGUCUGAAUGAUCCCAUCUCUUUAGACACGGGAGGGUCAAACAAUAAAGGAGACUUUUAUUGGAUGUAAACAUGUUUCGGUCAAGCUAAUGUGUUGUAAGGGUAGAUGUCAUGAUCUAGAUGUAGAUAACAUGGUUUCAGAUGUAAAACAUUCAGUGCUGCAUGAUGACGGAAGAGGAUUCUGGGAAGCUUGAGUUCCGGUGCCUCUGUCUGUCCUUGAAGACUCAAAGAGCUGCUGUCAUUUAAAAUUUGUUGUUACGCCCACACAGCGUAUAUCCUGACUGCUGUAACAUCUGAAAAACUGGUCAUUUAAAAAUGAAAAUGAAAUGAAUAAACUAAAGCAUCUGCAUGUAAAGUCAACAUAAGUAGUAUUGAGAUAAAGCCCUGUAGUUUUUUGUAAUCAGCACACAUCUUAACUUUAGAGAACUUGAUGUGUCAGUUUGUGACGUUCUUUCUGUCUGGACUCUCUGAUUCUUGCCUCUGUUUUUAGACAUGCCUCCCUGUCAGAGCCGUUUCCAUCAGCAGAGAAUGUGUCAGCUGUUUGCUGUUGAUCUCUCAAUGUGGUCGGUGGUGGGUGGGCUUGUUUGAGGGGCUUUCAUGUGAUAGGGAUUCUUGAAUUCUUAUUCCAAAUCAGAUGGACAAAUUCUGCCUGAGUUCUGCUUUGGUCAUGUUUCCUCUUCCUAAGGAAGCAUUACUUCCUGGGAACCGAUGCUUUCCUGAAAUGGUCUCACACUCAGAAGGAUUUCCACAGUUAUCUGUUUUGGUAAACAUUAAAAUGUCUGUGGUGACUGAUUUCUAUAAACACAAUGUGUACUUAUUAAAAUUAAUUUCAUGAUUAUUUUAUCAUUCAGGGGUUUAAAACAAAUCAAUACCAAGAUAUCAGAGUGAAUAACUCAGACCGGCUGCACCUGCUGUUUGACCAAUAUCAAACUACAACAUGUAAACUGAAUGGGAUUUUUGAUCUUCACAGCUGAUAUGUUUUUGUAUUAUGAGCUGGCUGAUAAAGAAGGCUGGUUCUGUUCUGGUUUGGUUCUGGUUUUGUUCUGUUCUGGUUUGGUUCUGGGGACUACUUUGAAACUUCUGGGAAUAACGGUGCAAAGAAAGAUUUUACAUAAAAUCAAGAAAACUAUGAACCAUCUGACCAUCCUCUUGAUAAGAUUAUUUUUUU